AGGUGGAGUGAGUAUUGGGGAAGAAUAACCCUUUAAACAAAUACAUACGGUGAAAGCCCAGUUUUUGAAACUGAAAGCACAGCAAAACGACAGCGUUCGAACUCCCGCGGCAACCUUUAAAUUCUCGCCCUCUGUGUAACCUAACUCAGUUCAAUUCAAUUCCGAUAAAGCUUCAAGCUAUCACAAUCAAACAAAUCCCAAACACCUUUAUCGAAAUUCAUCAAUGGACGUAAAAUCUUUAGCAAAAUCAAAGCGAAAUCACACACGACAACACAACAAAAAGUAUCACGGAAAUCAGAAGCUCAAAGUUCAAUCACAAUCUUCGGUUUCUUCUUCAGUCCCAAACCAAAACGACGACACAAAAGAGCCAUUUGCAAAGCAACAAGUAGGUGAGAAGAAAACCAAUCGCUCUCGUUCUCAGGGCUCUUCUUUACUUCCCGGAAAUUGGGACCGAUAUGAAGAAGAGGAUUCGGAUUCUGUUCCUGAAAGUUCAAGCAAAACCCUAGAUGUUGUUGUCCCCAGAAGUAAGGGCGCUGAUUUUCGCCAUCUUGUUGCUGAGGCUCAGUCUCAUGCAGAUAAAACCCUCGACGACUUCAACGAACUUCUUCCUUGGGAGUUUGGUGUGGGAUUAAGCUCUAUACUUUCAGUUAGAGGAGAAGGCAUUGUAUCAUGGGAUGGAGAUGAUAAUUUUGUUGUACAGGAUAAGACUAUUGGAAAUCAGGAGAUGCAGGCAUCGUUGAUUUCCUUGAAUUUGCAUGCUAUUGCUCAAAAGCUUGCAAAAGUUGACUUAUCUAAGAGAUUAUUCAUUGAGCCUGACCUGUUGCCCUCUGAGUUGCGUGUGGAAGACUUGGCAGUAGGCAGCAAUGAAGAACCUGAACCCGACAAACAGGAAACUGCAGUAGACCAUGAACUAGCUAAGAGGGUGUCAAAAGAAUUAACCUUAGAUGAUUCUGCAGCAGAUCAGUUUACAUCAUCUAGUUCAUGUAGUAGCAGCCAUACUGCUUAUAUAUCUGCCUUGUCCGAUGACACUCUCACUCCUGUGAACAACGUAGGGAAACACACAACAUUUGAGGCAGCUGCUGAAUUAGAACUGGAUAUGCUUCUAGAUACGCUUGAUGAGUCCAAGUCCAAUGCUUCAUUUACUGCUCCAUUCGGAGUCUCUUCAAUUAAAGAACCAGUUUCAACCAGAAUUGCAUCAAUUACUGCUAGUCUAGAUGAUGCACUUGACGACUUGCUAGAGGAAACAUCCACUUUGAUGAAGCCAAAUGUUUUACCAAGGCCACAAGAAGAAAAGACUGUCAACCCCAGUAUGCCCUCUUCACCAUCCCAAAACAUGUCAAAAGUUGCAGAUGAUUUUGAUUCAUGGUUUGAUACACUUUGAUUAGUCAAGUGCCAUAAUUCUUGCUGAUGUAUAAUGUGAUGUGUUCAUUGCUGGUUUUGAGAGUGGCCUGGUGAAUGAAAAAUGGCUUUCGUUUUUACCUUCUACUCUGAAAUCUGAUCCAAUUUGGUAGAGGAUUAAAACAGAACGCACUUGCAACUCUAACCAUCGUGUACAGAAUUUAAUGCAUGAAACCCUUCAACUCUUUUGUCAAAUUUAUUUAUUCAUUGUUCAGUCUA